AUCCUGCCGCUCACAUCUCUAAAUCUGGCAAAUCUCUGUUGUACGCCCAAGUUUGUGCAAUCUCUGCACGACCAACCGAUCCCCUCCUCUGCAGUUCUGGAGUUCUCGGCUCCGCAGUUGCAAGCAAACAAUCCGUGACCCCCCGCACUGAGGUGUUUAGUUGGGCCUGGAUUUGCUGUGCAUAGCCGGGCACUGACACACAGGCCUUGCUUGAGCGUCAGAACGAGUUUCUCUUUACCUUCUUGCAGCCAAUUGUCGUUUUUCUGCGCUUUUGAAAUCAAAAUUGUAUCAAUCCUUUCCUGGGCUCAUAGAGGUCUCAAAGACACUGCAAAGGAGCUGUGCUGCGCUGGCCGCGCCGAGUCGAGAAGAAAUUGCAACGACACGGCAAUGGCACCUCAGAAAUUCGGCAGUGUGCGCCACAAGGCGAGGCCAACAGCAACACGUCUUGCCCCUUUCCGAGACGACACCGGCCUGGUUGCACUGCGGUACGAACAGACCAAGCAGGCUGAGCCCCCAAUCCCUCUACCUCCGCCACGCAACCCACGUCGCAUAAACCGCUCUCCGUCGACCCUCGCAUCCUCAACAUCCCCAACCUCUCCCGUCACCAUCAGCCCUCCGCCGAUCCCUCCGCCGCACGAAGAGCAUCCGUUGUUCCGCACCCAGAGACCGCCCAGGCCUUCGCAGGCCGAGGAGCGGAAGAGGGAUUCCGGCGCCCCUACCUCGUCAUCCGUAACACUCCGGGAAGAGCACGGUGAAGAGGCCAUCCAUCAGAAGCUCAUGAACGACGUUGCCGACACACCAUCGGUGUACUCCAAUGACGACGACAUUCCUGAGAGAAUCGAUGCACCACAGACCACGAGCCAUCAGGUCGCACCGCCUCUGCUGACUGUGUCAAUCCCGCCGCGCACUUACAAUACAGAGACCGCUACCAGUUCUUCGACCCUGCAAUCGCCGGCAUCAUCAUCACCCGCACGACGCGUUUCGCUCACCAGGAAACUUAGCAUUAGCUUCGGCAUCGGAGCUGACGGAUCGAAACGGUUGCGGAAGAAGAUGCUUGGCGCUGACAGGGCUGCAUCACACGAGGCGCCUCCCGACAUGGAGCCGGUGCGGGGCUCGCCUAGGUCGCCUAAAAUGCCCAAGGGCCCCCCACAGCUGACAGGGCCUGGGUGCUCUAGCGCCGACAAGGGACAGGCCCAGAGCCCAGAGCCCCUUUCCUCUGCAACAACAGCCAGAUCCUUUGCGCCCAUCACGACCCACAUCCCCGAGGACAGUCUAUGGGACGACUUGGGCGCCGUAUCCUUCUCCACGAGGGGUAGCAUAAUGUUUGGCGGGAAGAACAACACGUUCAAAUCGCUGAUUAUGUCCGUCCCAGACGAUGCCCACGCGACCGCAUCCUCUUCUGCAUCACCACCCGAACACCCAUUGAUGACAACCCCCACCGACAAUGCCGCAGCCACCGUGCCAGACGCUUUCGAGGCGGACGAGGCGGACGCGACAGCUGGGAAGCCCCGUGUGGCGCCGCUGGCCGACGCACAGCCUGUCCCCAGCAUUCGCGUCUCGUCGAUGGAUGUAGAGAGGGAAUCACAAAAGGUGAGAUCGCUCUAUGAAUCCGGCGACGACCUGAAUUGGGAAGAUGGGGGGCGCGUCUCGUUCGUCGAACGUCUCGAGCCCACAGCCGAGGUCCCAUCCGAAGAGGAAGAGAACGUCGUUUCGUCUCGUCCCUCCGAUCGUCCUUCAGCAUCAAGUCCGGCGCCACAAAGCGAUCACCCCAAUCCGACUCCCGCUACCAUUACGCCACGUUCGGCCAAUUCCUUGUCUCCGCGACGAGAUAGCCAGGUCAGAAGGGAUUUCGAGCUGGCUGGUGGUAUUGAGGACUGGGCCGACCUUGAGGGCGCCGAGGUCGACCGAUAUGGCUUCAUCGUGCCGAAACGCCCGGUGUCAAGAGCAGAGACCACGGACCGUAAAUCGUCCCAACUCCCGUCCAGGAGGAGGAAUGUCUUGACCAAGCGCCCGUCCACGUCCUACUCGGCAUCCCUCCCAGGUGGCUUUAUCCGCCCUCCCAGUCGAAAGGUCUCUGCACGGUCACUCAACACAUACACCUCGGAGCUGUCGACCGUGUCAAGGCGAUCAACCCGGUCAUCCAUUCGCUCUGCCACAAACCGCCUGCCGCAGAACCGGGACCGAAGAUGGAUGGACGAGGCCGGCGAGAUGCUGUCCCUCCAAGCCGGCCUCACCGGCAUCACAGAUGAAGAUAAGAUGGGCAAAACGGCAGAGGCACAAAAGCGCAAGGAAGCAGAGCGCUCUGAGAAGUGGCGCAAAAUGGCCGUCGCGAUCAAGAGUAGCGACAACACUGGCCAAGGCAGCGCCUCCCAUCCCAUGACGCAGACCCCACAAGGCGAAGGCAUGUCGUACGAGUUCGACACCACCUCUCCCAAGCUCAUUGACCGCACCUGGAAAGGCAUCCCCGACUGCUGGCGCUCCGCGGCGUGGUACUCGUUCCUCGCCACCUCGGCCAAGUCGCACAACUCCCCCGAGACCGAAGACUACCUCAUCGCCGAGUUCCACCGCCUGCAGGCCGUCUCUUCGCCAGACGACGUCCAGAUCGACCUGGACGUGCCGCGCACCGUCAACGGCCACAUCAUGUUCCGCCGCCGCUACCGCGGAGGGCAGCGGCUGCUGUUUCGCGUUCUGCACGCCAUCUCCCUGUACUUCCCCGGCACGGGGUACGUCCAGGGCAUGGCGAGCCUGGCGGCGACGCUGCUCUGCUACUUUGACGAGGAGAGGGCGUUUGUGAUGAUGGUGCGGCUGUGGAGGUAUCGAGGGCUCGAGAGGCUGUACCAGCCCGGGUUUGCGGGGCUGAUGGCCGCUCUGGGGGAUUUCGAGAGGAGAUGGUUGGUUGGCGCGGGGAGGGAUGUUGCUGGUAAACUCAACGAGCUCUCGAUCGACGCCACCGCGUACGGCACGCGCUGGUAUCUCACCCUCUUCAACCUGUCGAUCCCCUUCCCCGCGCAGCUGCGCGUGUGGGACGUGUUCAUGCUGUUGGGCGACUGUCCGCCCGAACUGUCCUCUUCCUCGUCGCCGCCGCACUCAACAACGCCAACAAACUCAACCAUCGCCCCCAUUACUACUCUUCUAACAAUCCCCAGCACACCAGCCUCAACAACAACAACAACAAACACCCACGCUCAAAAACAAGGAGAAGUAACUCAAGAGCAAGAAAAGCCGCCCAAGGGCCUCGAUAUCCUGCACGCCACGUCGGCGGCGCUGAUCCACGCGCUGCGGGACGUGCUGCUGGACUCGGACUUUGAGAACGCCAUGAAGGCGCUGACGGCGUGGAUUCCUGUCAAGGACGAGGAUUUGCUGAUGAAGGUUGCGCGGGCCGAGUGGAGGCGGCAUCGAUCGGGGAGGUGGGGCAUCAGCGGCAGCGGCAGCGCGGGAGGAGGAAAGUUGUGGGAUUGGGACUGGGACUGGGAGAGAGGGGGGAAAGGGAAGGAUGGGGUUGUUAAGGGGAAGGAGAACGAUGGGGACAUAGUGAAGGAGAAGGAGAAGGGGAAAGAUAAAGGAGCGCAGGGGAAGGGGAAGGAAAAGGGCAAGGUGAAUGAGAGGAGUGGAGGUGGGGUGGGGAGGUUGUGGGAGAGAGGGAGGGUUGGUAGGGAGAAGGAUAAGGAAAAAGUGAAAGAGACGGGCAGGGCGUAG